GAGGGCGCGUCGAGGCGGCCCCUCUCGGGGCAGAACCGCACGAGGGGAAUGUCUUACUGUCUCCACUCAGAAAGCCAUGUGGAUACUGGGCCAAUAUAUGUGCGUGAAAAUGGGAAGCUGCAUUUGGUAAAUCAGGCUGCAGGCAGCAUACACAAUGUCGCUCCAACAACAAGACCCUUCAGGCUGUUUUCCAGAGAGUUUUCCGUGGAGCUUUGUAUGAACAGGGAGGACGACAGGGCAAGGAGGCAGAGGACUGAUCAUUUCAUCUUCACCUACACGAGGGAGGGCAAUCUCCGGUACUCGGCCAAGUCUCUCUUCAGCCUGGUGCUGGGUUACAUUUCUGACAAUGUUGACCACAUUGACUCGUUGAUUGGGUUCCCAGAGCAGAUUGCUGAAAAGCUCUUUUCAGCUGCAGAAGCAAGACAGAAGUUCACGGAACCAGUGACAGGACUGAGAGCUCUGCAGAAGUUUACUGAAGCUUAUGGGGGUUUGGUGCUGUGCUCCUUAUGCUUGCGAAAUAGGUACUUGGUUAUCUCUGAAAAGCUAGAAGAAAUCAAGUCUUUCCGGGAGCUGACAUGUUUGGAUCUCUCCUGUUGUAAACUUGGAGACGAACAUGAGCUGCUGGAACACCUCACCAAAGAGGCUCUGUCUAGCAUCAAGCGGCUUCUCCUGAAGGACAACUCUCUGUCAGACGCAGGCCUGCGCAGGAUGACGGCACCGGUCCGGGUGCUGAAAAGGGGACUUGAGAACCUCAUGAUGCUAGACUUGUCUUGUAACCCUAAAAUCACUGAUGUGGGAAUUGGAUACCUUCUUUCUUUCAAGAAACUGAAUUGUUUGGACAUUUCUGGGAGUGGUCUGAAGGACGUUGAUGCUGUCAUUAAGCGGAUCCAAACACAAAUUGGCCUGGUUCACUCACAAGUGCCUCUGAAAGAGUUUGAUCAUAGCAACUGCAGAACAGAGGGAUGGGCAGAGCAGACAGUUCUGCAGUGGGAGCAGGCAGUUAUGGAAGCCACCAAGCCACAGGACAACUUGAGAUCCAGCACAGCAGCUCUGCGCUUCUAUGGCAAGACACACAGAAUAGAGGAAGCAGCCAAAUGCAAACCAGUGGAAGCAGACACAAAAGCAUCAGGGAACUUGCAGUUUUAUAAGGAAAAAGUUCAGAAUUGCCAUUUCCCUUUGAAAAAGGAGGUUUCAGGCAGCCAUGAAUUAAAGAACCAUAAAAAAAGAGCUUUGGCUGAACAAGAGAGGGAAAGGACUUCCAAACAGAAACAUCUGUGCCUUACGGUGGAGGACUGGGAUCUGUUAAAUACCUACUGAGUCAGGAAGAAGUAGGCCUUGGGUUUGUUGUUUUCUUGCUGCUGACAUGGAGAGGGAGGAGAGCAGAACUGUUGGAUCUGUCUGCUGUGAUGUGCUUGUGGGUUAGCCUAUGCUUGGGGAGGGGGAGAGCCAAGGAGAAGGGUGAGGAUGCUAUUGUAUAUUUUCA